GAAGAGAAACACAGCAUCUAAAACUGAACUCUGUAUGAAGAGUGAGGAGGGUGCACAACUUUAAAAAUGAGUCUCAGUAAUAUGGAGGAGGACACAGAAGCAUCUUCAGUGCUCAGUUGUGUGUCUAUGAAGAGUAAUGAAUCAAUGCAUCUACUUCCCCCUUAUCUAAGUGAUAAAGCAAUGACCUCUGACCUCAGGCAGCUCUGCACAGAACCAAACCUGCUGGAGGAGACUGAUGACCUUCAUCAGGAUUUACAUCAACCAGUAGAUGAUGUUCUGCAGAGAGUCAAAGACCAACACAAAACCAUCAUGAAGAACAAGUAUGAGAGUUUAUUUGAGGCGAUUAAACUCCAAGAGAAUCAAACCCUCCUGAAGAGGAUUUACACACAACUGUACAUCAUAGAAGGAGAGAGUGAAGGAGUGAAUGAAGAACAUGAGGUUUUACACAUGGAGAAAAACACCAGAACACAACACUUACAAGACACAACAAUCUACUGCAAUGACAUCUUUAAACCCUUACCUGAACCAGAAUAUAAAACUGAGAAAAGAAGAAGAAAAGACAAAAUCAAGAGCGUUCUUACUAAAGGCAUCGCUGGAAUUGGAAAAACCGUCUCUGUACAGAAGUUCAUUCUGGAUUGGGCCGAGGGAACAGCCAAUCAGGAUGUAGAUUUCAUGUUUGUGUUUCCGUUUCGAGAGCUGAACUUGAUUCAAGAUGAUCAGUACAGUCUUCACAAACUUCUGCUUGACUUUCAUCCUGAACUCAAAGAUCUGGACUCAAAGAUUUAUGAUGAAUGUAAAGUUGUGUUCAUCUUUGAUGGUCUGGAUGAAAACAGAAUGACACUGAUGUUUUCAGAUGCUGAGAAAGUUUCUGAGGUGACUGAGACUUCAUCAGUGCCUGUGUUGAUAGCAAACCUCAUGAAAGGAGAUCUCCUUCCCUCUGCUCUCAUCUGGAUCACCUCCAGACCAGCAGCAGCCAAUCAGAUCCCAUCUAAAUACAUCAACCGUCUCACAGAAAUCCAGGGAUUCAAUGACGCUCAGAAGGAGGAAUAUUUCAGGAAGAGAAUCAGUGAUGAACAUCAAGCCAGCAGAAUCAUCUCACACGUCAGAAGAUCAAGAAGUCUCCACAUCAUGUGUCACAUACCAGUCUUCUGUUGGAUCUCAUCCACUGUGCUUCAAAACAUCCUGAAACAAGACAAUGAGAGAGCAGAAAUCCCUAAAACUCUGACUGAAAUGUACAUCCACUUCCUGCUGAUUCAGAUGAAUAUAAAGAAUGAGAAGUAUGAUGAGAGAGAUCCAGAGAAACUCCUGCAGUCCAACAGAGAAGUGAUUGUCAAACUGUCUGAACUGGCUUUCAAACAGCUGAUGAAGGGUAAUGUGAUGUUUUAUGAGGAGGAGCUGAGAGAGUCUGGCAUAGACAUCACUGACGCCUCAGUGUAUUCUUGGAUUUGUACUGAGAUCUUUAAGGAGGAAUCUGGGAUACAUCAGAGGAAAAUUUACUGCUACAUACAUCUCAGCUUUCAGGAGUUUCUGGCUGCUCUCUAUGUUUUUAACUAUUAUAUCAUCAAAAAUGUCGACACAAUAAAGUUUAUUGAUGUUGUGCAUAGCUUGCACAGAAAGACCAUAGAUAAAGCUCUUGGAAGUGAAACUGGACAUCUGGAUCUUUUCCUGCGAUUCCUGCUGGGAAUCUCAUUGGAGUCCAAUCAGAGACUCUUACAGGAUCUACUGACACACACGGUGGACACCUCAGAAACAAUCAGGGAAACUAUUACAUAUAUCAAAGACAAAAUCAAGCAUGAACAGGGUCUCUCUGCUGAAAGAUCCAUCAAUCUGUAUCUGUGUCUUCUUGAAGUGAAUGAUCAGACUCUGUACAGAGAGAUUGAGGAGUUUGUGAGAUCAGACAAACACUCAGAGAAGAAACUCUCUGCUGCUCACUGUUCAGCAAUAGCCUACAUGCUUCAGAUGUCAGAGGAGGUGCUGGAUGAGCUGAAUCUGAAGAAAUACAACACAACAGAGGAGGGGAGAAGAAGACUCAUACCAGCUGUCAGCAACUGCACAAGAGCUAUACUUGCUGACUGUAAUCUCACGGUUGAGUCCUGUAAAAUGUUGUCUUCAUGUCUCAGAUCCUCAAACUCACCUGUGAGAGAUCUGGACCUGAGUAACAAUGACGUGCAGGAUUCAGGAGUGAAGCUCAUCUCUGAUGCUCUCAAGAAUCCAGACUGUAAACUACACACACUGAGAUUAUCAGGUUGUAUGGUGACAGAUGAAGGUUGUUGUUAUUUGGCUUCAGCUCUGAGUUCAAAUCCAUCAUCACACCUGAGAGAGCUGGAUCUGAGCUACAAUCACCCACAACACUCAGGACGCCAGAUGCUCUCUCAGAUACUCAAUGAUACAAACUGCGCACUAAUCAAACUUAAUGUGGAUCAUGGAGGAGAGUUCAGAAUUACAGCAGGACCACGCAAAUAUGCCUGUGAUCUCACACUGGAUCCAAACACAGCAAACCCUCAUCUCAUAUUGUCUGAGGACAACAAGAAGGUCACACAUGUGGAAGAUCCUCAGCCGUAUCCUGAUCAUCCAGAUAGAUUUAAAGAUGUUUUGCAGGUUCUGUGUAAAGAGAGUUUGACUGGACGCUGUUACUGGGAAGUUGAAUGGGAUAACUGGACUCGUAUAGCAGUGACCUAUAAAGAAAUCAACAGUAAAGCAGUGAAUAAUUUGUUUGGGCUUGAUGAUAAGUCCUGGUGUCUUUUCUGUACUGAUGAAGGAUUUACCACCUGGCACAAUAAUAAGAAAACAGACAUACCUCCUCCUUCACCUCCAUCUAAUAGAGUAGGAGUUUAUCUGGACUGGUCAGCGGGCACUCUGUCCUUCUACAGCGUCUCUGAUACACUAACACUCACACACAUAAACACAAUCAACACAACAUUCACACAACCUCUAUAUGCUGGAUUUGAUGUUUAUUAUGGAGCAUCUCUGUGUCAGAUUUAACGAAGAAUAAUAAAAUCUCAAAUCAGGAUUUGGUUGGUCAAUUCUCAUGACCUGAAGGAGCACCAAAUGAGACUGUUAACCAUCUGUAAUCUAGAUCUCCUCAUGAGGUGACACCCCUCGCAGGAGUACAGAUUAUGUCUUAAAUUCUAAACUUUGAUAUACUUUUGAGUGUGUUUAAGAAUAUAAACAUAAUAUUUUUACUAUUAUGUACCAACCACCACAUAAUUGCAAUAUUAACUUUACAUUAACACAGCAAGU